AUGCCUAUCACUCAGAAGGAGGCUGCUCCUGGCGCCGCCAUGAAGGCUGAGAUCCAGGACUACACCCAGGCCCUGGAGGUCUUGAAGACCUAUCCCAGCCAAGAUGGCCUGGAUGUGGACACUCUGUUGGACUCCGACAAGCACGGAGCUCUGACCUACAACGACUUCCUCGUGCUCCCAGGAUACGUCGACUUCCCCGCCUCCGAUGUUACCCUGGACUCUCCUGUCACGAAGCGGAUCUCGCUCAAGGCCCCUCUGCUGUCCUCCCCCAUGGACACUGUCACUGAGCACAACAUGGCCAUUCACAUGGCUCUGCUCGGUGGCCUUGGUGUCAUCCACCACAACUGCACCCCUGAGGACCAGGCCGAGAUGGUGCGCAAAGUUAAGAGAUACGAGAACGGUUUCAUCCUGGACCCAGUUGUUCUUUCUCCUAAGGCUUCCGUCGGCGAGGCUAAGGAUCUGAAGGCCAAGUGGGGUUUCGGUGGCUUCCCUGUCACUGAGGAUGGAACUCUUCGCUCCAAGCUGGUCGGUAUGGUCACCUCUCGUGACAUUCAAUUCCACCACCAGCUCGAGGACCCCGUGACCGCCAUCAUGGCCACCGAUCUGGUCACUGCUCCCGCUGGUACUACUCUGGCGGAAGCUAACGAGGUACUGCGCCGCUCCAAGAAGGGCAAGCUGCCCAUCGUUGACAGCGAUGGAAACCUUGUUUCCCUCCUUUCUCGCUCCGACUUGAUGAAGAACCUCCACUACCCUCUUGCAUCGAAGCUCCCCGACUCCAAGCAGUUGAUCUGUGCCGCAUCUAUUGGUACACGCGAACACGACAAAUACCGUCUCAAGCUCCUCAUUGAGGCCGGUCUGGACAUUGUCAUCCUGGACAGCAGCCAGGGUAACAGUAUCUACCAGAUUGAGAUGAUCAAAUUCAUCAAGGCCACCUACCCCCAAAUCGAUGUUAUCGCUGGUAACGUUGUUACUCGGGAGCAGGCUGCUUCUCUGAUUGCUGCCGGUGCCGAUGGCCUGAGAAUUGGCAUGGGCUCCGGUAGUGCUUGUAUCACCCAGGAGGUUAUGGCAGUCGGCCGACCCCAGGCCGCUGCCGUCCGCAGCGUGUCUUCCUUCGCUGCCCGGUUCGGUGUCCCCUGUAUCGCUGACGGUGGUGUCCAGAACCUGGGCCACAUUGUCAAGGGUCUGGCUAUGGGUGCUAGCACUGUCAUGAUGGGAGGUCUCCUUGCUGGUACCACCGAGUCCCCCGGUGAGUACUUCGUCAGUAAUGAGGGUCAGCUUGUCAAGGCCUACCGUGGCAUGGGCAGUAUCGCCGUCAUGGAAGAUAAGAAGGCUGGCGGCAAGGACGCCAAGGGCAGCAACGCCGGUACCGCUCGCUACUUCUCUGAGAAGGACCGCGUUCUUGUCGCCCAGGGUGUCGCUGGAUCCGUUCUGGACCGUGGCUCCGUCACCAAGUUCAUUCCUUAUCUCGUCGCCGGUGUCCAGCACUCUAUGCAGGACAUUGGUGUGCGCAGCCUUGCUGCUCUGCACGAGGGUGUCAACGCCGGUACUGUGCGCUUUGAGAUGAGAAGCGCCAGUGCCCAGGCUGAAGGCAAUGUCAACAUGCACAGCUACGACAAGAAGCUUUACUCGUAA